AUGGCUUCAACGCAAUUAAACAAAGAACUCUACAGUAAUAUAACUCGACUAAAAUUAUUAAAUGCAACUACUUCGGAUCCCAAGUUUGUACUUGAAAAGUCACCAUUUUCAGAUGAUGGUGAAGAAACUGUAGCAGCUGCUUCUUCAAGCCCACAAGAAGUCCUAAUUAUUGGACGAAUUUUUCCAGAAUCAGAAAUAUUUAGAGAAGGUUCAUUUCAAAUUGAAAUGAAAGUAACACCAAGUUUUCCAUUUGAUCCACCAGAAGUACGUUUUCUUACUAAAAUUUAUCAUCCAAAUGUUGGAGAAGAUGGUAAAUUUUGCCAUGAACUAUUGAAGAAACAUGCUAAAUGGUCAAAUAAAGUAUCUUUAAUUGAUGUUGUUAAAGCUGUUGUACAACAUAUCGACAAGCCUGAUAUCGAUUAUUCACUUAGUCUUCAACUUGGUCGUGAAUAUAUGGAAAAUCGACCUGAAUUUAAUCGUAAAGCAUUGGAAUUUGUAAAAAAACAUGCAUUGCCACGCAAAUGA